GUCCGUACUCUGGUGAGCAUGUUCGCACAUUAUCCAGAUGGAGCACGCUCACCAGGCGCUCCCUAAAUUAUGUGAUGAUAUCUUAUCCCUGCCACCGUUGUACGAUGAAGACCCUGUUUUACACCCCGCUAGCGUAGAUCCCAUCUUCUCGCUACCGUCGGAGCUUCCUGACAGCUUCUCUCCGCUUGCAUCCCAGGCAGAUGCGACAUCAGUAUCUCCAGAUAGCGGGCCUGCCCGUUCUGCCCGCCCUCAUCAGCGUCUAUCCGGGGAGGCCGUGAGAGCUCUCAGAUUAUGGCUAAACAACCACCCGGAGAACCCGUAUCCCACGACACAGGAGAAGGAUGAGUUGGCGCAACGCACCGGCCUGACUCGGGCGCAAGUCUCUAACUGGUUCAUUAACGCUCGACGGCGUAAGCGUUCCAGAGGAUAUAUGUCUGCCCGUCAGAGCCCGUCAUUUCUAUCCCCCAUGGAACGUUGGAGGAGCUCGCCACCAGAAAGUGAGGCCGCAGCCACGGACGACAUUUUGCGAGCUCUCGCCGAUAGCGAUAUCUCUGCCUUAUCAGACAGCUCGCCAUACACCGUUCCCCAGUACGCCUGGUCAAGCAACGACUCCAGUGGCUCCUUCAUCCAGGGAGAUGCUUCCAUCAGCAGUUGCGCUCGCAGCCAGUCAUCUAGCUCCGAAAUAUCAGUCGCCCUAUCAUCGCACAGGCCUCCCCAGCGCCCACCAACUCCACUUCAUCGCCCACAAUCUCGUCGUCAUCGUCGGAAACACAUCCGCCAUGCAAAUCGCCUUCAGUGGACUCGUCGGCCCUACCAGUGUACAUUCUGCGCGGACACAUUCGCAACGAAAUACGACUGGCAGCGCCAUGAAAAAGCCCUUCAUCUUCCAGUCGACCAAUGGCGUUGUUCCCCUGAAGGCGGACUCAUCGACAACAACGGCACACCCACGUGCAUCUUCUGCCAGGAAACCAAUGUAACCGACGAUCAUCUCGAAACAGUGCACAACUACAGCAUCUGUCUCGAGAAACCACCCGAGCAGCGCAUCUUCACCCGGAAGGACAACCUCCGGCAGCACCUGAAAUUAACCCACCGCGUUGACACCUUCCACGCAGCAAUGAACACCUGGCGAGAAAGUCGAAGCCACCACAUCCUCUCUCGCUGCGGGUUCUGCAGUGCAACAUUCCAAUCCUGGCAGGAGAGAGUCGACCAUGUCGCAGAGCAUUUCAAGCACGGGGCGGACAUGAAGCAGUGGAUGGGCGACUGGGGAUUCGAGCCGGAAGUGCAGCGGCUCGUUGAAAAUGCGAUACCGCCGUAUCUAGUUGGGAGUGAGGCGCAGACGCCUGAUCCGUGGAGGACGUCAGAUGUGCUUCCUAUGCCGAGGGAAGAGGAUGAAGAGGACGAUGAGAUCCCUUUCCGGUGGGAUGUACCGACUGCCUUGGAUCGAUAUUUUGAUGUCCAUCGCGACCUGCUGGAGUUUAUUCGCAGGCAAAUGGCCAACGGAUGCAGGCCGUCGGAUCAAAUGAUCCAGGAUCGGGCGAGGCUGUUCGCGUAUGAGAGUGAUGAUCCAUGGAAUCAGACGUACGCCGAUGACUUGUUUUGGUUGGAGGCGGUCAAGCAGGAGGCUGGGCUGGUUUAGGCAGCAGGUUGGGUUUAGACCGAAUAGUCUGUCUUUAAAUAGCUUAUCAUUUGGUUGUGAACUACUAUCUCAGCGGCUUGCUGCAUAUGGUAGACCUUGUGUCAAUAUUUUUACUUCGGCUUCUUACACGCUAGGGCCUAUAUGCGGUGUGCUUGCAGGGAUCAAUAGCUGACGUAAAAUGGGC